AUGAACGUCUCUCCUCCGACCGUUGAUUUAUGGCAGGAAGCAUGCAAGGAGGUGGACGAAAAAACUCGGACAUGGAUCGCCAGUCUUCCUCCACCAGUCAAUGCCCAAGAUCCUGCAAGUGAGCUGGCGGAGCUCGUUCGCACUAGCGAAAAGGAACAUAAGCAAGAGGCGCUGAAGCUCAAAUUCGGCGACCGGGAGAAGUUGUGGAGGGAUUAUGCGAAUAAAGUCAUCCCUGUGGUGACUGCAAUUGGAGAUAUUGCUAUCAACUUUGCCCCUGCGCCCUCUAACGUCGUGUGGUCAGCUGUCAAGGUGCUUCUGACGGCCCACGUCUCUGAGCGCGAGGAUCUCGUGGCUAUUAUGGGAUGCACCGAUAUAGUCCUCUGCCUCGUGAGGCGUGGUCGAGUGUACGAGGAGGUCUACAUUGGUGACUCCAUGCCGCCUAGGCCACUAUAUGAGGAAAAUUUGGCGACGAAGUUGGUUGAGGUAUACACGAAAUGCUUGGAGUUUCUUGCUUUUGUCCACGAAGAGAUAAAGCAUGGCGUUUCACGCCGAUUCUUUAGCACGCUCGUCGACCCAGGCUAUGGCCGAAACCGUCUAUCAACAGUGAAAGCACUUGAGCAGGAACUUGAGCUUGCAACUAGUCCUUUCAAGAUCAACGCAGACGAUAAGCAUCGAAGACUACUUGAAAGUCUUGAAGAACCGAUUAAGCGUACUGACAAGAAUGUCAUGGAUAUUCUUAAGGUGCUUGAUGAGCAAGAAAGAGAUAAGGCUAUGGAAUACGCCGACAUCGAGAAGUUUGUUAACACAGAGGUGGACAACUUCACUGUGGAUUGGAGCCCUGAAACUAAAAAGGAAGUUAAAAAGAAGCUUAUGGAGAAGAGCGCAGGAAUGUUCAGAUGGACUUACCUGCAAUGGGAACAGCUGAAGGAGUUCGACACCAAUACCAGUGUCAUAGCCAGACUUGGGAGACUUCCCAAAACUCUGACUAAAGCCUACGACGAGAUUUACGAUAAACACGAACCUGAGAGCUUUGAGCGUUUCAUGCUGCAGCGAGCGGUGAGAUGGGUCAUCUUACUGCUCUAUCUGGCCACCCUCAAGUUUGGAAACGUCCAGGUCAAGAGAUCUCUGGCGAAGACCAAGCAAAGAGCUUCGCCGUUGGAUGAGGGCAGGAGGGGCGGACCUUGA